CCGGACUGUGUCAAGCAAGAUUAUGAAUGAGUCUGUGACGCAGCCGCUUUCCCGACAAAGCAGGAAAUCCUUAACUUGAAGCUGUACGAUAACUGAAUCAGGAGGAUGGAUCCUAUUGAAAACGUCUCAACAGGUGAUGGUGUUCCAAAUUCAGGGGAAGACGAGCAAUCCACACUAGCUGCUGUUGAUGAGAAACAUUUGUCCGAGCUCCGCUUGGUACUGCUAGGUUGGAGGUGGCCAGGCAAAAGCUUAACUGGUAAUACAAUCCUUGGUCAUGAGGAGUUCCGCUUAGAACGUGCUGCUGAAUUCUGUGUAAAACGUGAAGCAAAUGUGUGCGGUCGUCAGGUCAUAGUGGUGGAUACCCCAGGAUGGUUCUCCACCCAAACUACCCCUGCAGUAUAUCAGCAGGAAAUGGUGCGAGGAACCACCAUGUGUCUUCCAGGACCUCAUGCUUUCUUGCUGGUCAUUCCUGUGGGAAUGUUUACAGAGGUUGAUCGUACUUGUAUCGAAGAGAAUCUGGCUCUGCUUGGAGAUCACGUGUGGAGGCACACAUUGGUGGUUUUCACAUGGGCUGAAGUCUUGCGGGACAAACCAAUUGAGAGAUACAUAAGAAGGGAAGGCCCUGACCUCCAGUGGGUGGUGGAUAAAUGUAACAAGAGGUACCAUGUCAUCAAUAACUAUAUUUUUGGGGAACACCCUCAACUUCCUGGUCUUAUCAAGAAAAUUGAGAAUAUGGUGGCUGAGGAAGGUGGACACUACCAACCAGACACUGAGGAAAAAUUGCAGCAAAACCAACAUCAAGCCAAAAACGAAAAUGACUACCAAAACCAAAAUUCUAGCAAAGAUUUGGGUGCAAGACCAAAAAGGAACUGCUCGUUUGGGUCACAUAGGAACAUGGAUGUAGAAACGGCACAGAGCAUCUCCAGUCAGCUUAAUGAGUGACAGACCAAGCAAGAGAAGUUGAAGAACCAAGAACCAAAAGCUUUUGAAUCAUCACAACUAUCAUACCUAACGUACCCUAAAACCUUCGAAUGAUUUCAUCACUUAUAUUUGUGUGUUGUCUCUAUGUGUUUGUAUAUUGUACGGCUUGUAUUUAUAUUCCAUUAAUGCAUUUAUUACUGGAAGUAGGGAUUUUUAUUGAUGUUUAUGAUGUGAAAUGAUGACAAAGGAAAUCAAGCACUUGUUCUUGUGAACUUGUAUUGAAUUGUAUGAUUUCUUGUAUAUACUUAGAUAUAUUUGUAUUUAAUUAUUCUUCCAUAUUAAGCCAUUACAAACUUUAUAGCAUUACAGCUAGACUUUCUCAUUACAUGUCAUAAUUUAGAACAAUGCUUCAUGUCUCUGUCUAGUUGUAUAUUGUAGUGACAUUUGCUCCAGUUAUGUGCUGCAUAGGUAUGGUAUUGAAGUUAAAGGGAUAUUCCGCCAUUUUUGGAAAUAUGCUCAUUUUCCACCUUCCCUCAAGGCAACUUGCAAACGUACCAUAGGCGCAGUGAUAUCGUACGCAGCAUCUGAAAAUAGUCCCCAUAGACAACAAGCAGUAGCAGUACCAGUAGUUUGCAAGUUGCCUUGAUUAUUACGCCAGAUGAGAGUGUAGUUCCAUGUCAAAUCAGCCUAGAAAAACGCCAGGUUUCAUUUUCAGUUGGUCUUAUUGCACUUUCUAACUUGAGAGGAGACACGUUUUAAAUGGGAAAAUUACCAGAAAUCUUAGUCACUUUUAAACAUGAAGCUAGCAGGCGAGAAGCUAAUGGUCUAAUUCGAUUCAAUGAUCUAUGCUAGGCUGAAGCUAAAAGUUGUAUCGCCAGACUCACCGAAUGGCUGGAUGAACGGGAACAAGGUAAAUAUCGAUUGUUUUGCUCGAGGGGAGGUGGAAAAUGAGCGUAUUUCCAAAAAUGGCGGAAUAUCCCUUUAAGGUAUCACUGAGUUAUCUGGAUAUUGAUAUUGCUGUCAAGUCAAGUCAAGUUCAUGAUACUGUAGCGCAUUUCAUACACAGAGGUCAUUCAAUGUAGCCAAGAAAUCUAGACGCCCCUAGCAGCAGCAAAUCUAAUUUGCUGCCCGGGUCAGUCUAGCAACUCUCCGUAGAGCUUGGGAGCUGGGCUUUGGCAAAAUCACCGGACCAAUCACAUUGUGUAUAGAGUCGGUGGGCGAGCUUAAAGGAAUUUUGGACAUAGGACAUAGGACAUUUCCAACUUAGCCGGGGUGAUAUAUGUCGGUGGCGACAGUUUUCAUCUAAUUUAUCCAGUCCUUAUAUUUGCAGCAGUCGCCUUUGCUUAGCUUGUGUUGAGCUAACGUAAUUCAACAGUAACAUCCAGCCUGCCACUAAAAACAGUCUUAACCCACUCCACAGAACACCCAAAACAAAUAAAUGAUAACAUCAGACUAUCGAUGCAGAUAUCUGUGUUGAUAGAAUAAUAUUAGAAAUAAAACUAACCUUGCAUCGCACUGCAAUAGCCUAUACUUUGUUCCCUGUAUAGCAGUAGCGGAUUGAUAUUAUCCAGACUACAGAGGAAGACGGUUUUGUGACACUCACACAAGUUUUUUUACCUGCCGCUCCAACUAAUUCCACUCUGCCAGGCUACAACACACAUAACAUCACCGCCGCUGCAUGUAGCAUAGUCUCCGUCUAAAGUUAGCAGAAGCAGCUAGGCUAACGUUACGAGAGGGGCUUGCUUUAUUAGCAAGAGUAAGCUACCAAAAGUAAUUAUCUGUUCAUUAGUAGCUGUUCUGUUCUGGCAUUUGUUUUCAGUAACUUGUGGUCCUUCAGACUGCGGGGUUUGUCCUCUGGUCUAAAAUGAUCACUAUCCUACAUAUUCACAACUUCAGUACAGUCUCUGCUGGCUCCAAGACGGCUACAAGAAGCCACAUUGGUUCCCUUCUGGUUCUUUUAACUGAAAUUGGUGGAAACUCUGUGGUGUCCAUCUGUAGCGUUUAUUUUCACAAUGUUUGAAUGCACACUGAAUCACCAUCUUUAUAGGUGGCUACUACUAGAAGUCCCGACUGGAGUUCACUUGUUUUACUUUUUGACGCAGUACCACUUAUCUAGAAAGUAAAAUUUCACUGCUGCUGAGAAACUAGUCCCUCAAAAUGUAAUAAAUCAUUGAGAUGUAAGGUUAGUUGUUUUUCUAAAAUUAUUCUAUCAACACAGACAUGUACAUCAAUAGUCUGACGUUUGAAUUUUUUUGUCUUGGGAGUGGAGUUGGUAAGACUGUUAUUGAUGUUACCGUUGAAUUGCGUUAGCUCAGUACCAGCUUAGCAAAGGCAAAUGCUGCAAGUUAAGGACCAUAUAAAAUACGAUGUAAACUGUCUCCACCGACCUAUAUCACCCCGGCUAAGUUGAAAAUGAGGUCCUAUGUCCAAAAUUCCGAACUAUUCCUACUGCUACUGCUUUCUUGAACAGUAUAUAAAAUGUAAAUAAGGAUGUGGUUCAGCCAAGUCUCCCUAAUCGCUAUACAGUCACAUAGUAUAAUUUUUUCUCUCAUUUGGGCCAUUCAUUUAUUAAGACUAUUAGACUAGCCUACAAGGUAUUCCGAGGAAACCAAAGACGAAACAGCUAAUAUAAAACAAGAAAAUGUAAUUCCAUGGAUGAAAUUACCAUUGCAUGUAAAUGCGAAAAGGUUGCUGUGUAAAACAUUGUAUUAGUUAAAAAGACAACAUACUGUAUAAUACAGUAAAGAAUAAAUACAUAACAAUAACCCAA